UACUGUACUUAAUUCGAUUAAAUUCGCUAAAAUUUGUGAAGUGGAAAGAUGAAGGAACCGUGAAGGAAAUAGAAUAGAUUUGUUGUUCAACCCCGAGGCCUAGUGCGGCUAUGCCCAUUCUAGGCCUGACAUUGUCGCGGUGCUAAGAGGCUUCAGCUCCAGGACGUGCGCCUCCGGGACAAUGUCUAGUCUAGGCCUAGGUGGCGUCACGAGGGCCUACAGCCACCCACCCCCAUGAAAACUGAUUGAAGUUUAGCUGGUGGACUUAUACAUGAAGGUGGACUUAUAUUCCAUUAACAAAAUUCAUUUUGUUUUUGAAUUUCAAUAUCAGGAUAUGGGAACGAUACUGUUGGGUAAAAUUGAAUCUGGAGAAAUUUCUAAAGGCUCAUCACUAGUGUUGAUGCCAAAUAAGACCCCAGUGGAGGUGUUAACUAUAUUGGUUGAUGAUGAUGAGAGGAACAGCGCUACCGCUGGUGAUAAUGUCAAAGUCAAAGUCAGAGGUGUUGAAGAAGAUGAUGUUUCCUCCGGUUUUGUUCUAUGUGACACCAUUAAUCCAUGUCAUACUGGACGAGAGUUUAUUGCACAGGUAUCUAUAUCAGAUUCUCAAAUACAGGUGUUUGCUGUAAAUUUAAUAUUUGUCUAUUAA